GGCGGGUGAGACAGAGACACGUUAGAGUUCACACAUGGGAUCACAAAAAUAUCUAUGCACCGACAAGUUCCAGUUUGCUAUGUUGUUAUUGGUGAGCCAGCCUGCCUAUAUGUAGUUGUCUGAAUUGCAUGUGCUUCUACUCUCAAUGUUGCCUCCCUUACUAUGAGGUGUUGUGGAACAAACCGUAGCUUUGUAUAUACGCACCUAAUUACCCUCGGCGCGCAUGCGCAGCGAGGGUACUGUAGUUGGGUGUGUGUGUGUGUGUGUGUGUGUGUGUGUGUGUCUGUUACUCUACAUCUCACCUCUCGAAUGUCUGUUCGUCCCAGAAACGAUACCAUCUACCCAACGGGCGACGAAGAACAAUUUUCAUCCUCACGUCUUGGAGCGGAGUGUCUCGGGCAUCCAGAUGGCCACCACGGCGCCGGAGAGGAGACUGAGGAGGAGGUUCACCAGACAUGGGAGACUGUACGGGAACCGCGUCAGGAACUCCCGAACCACCGCAUCUGUGUACCAAACAGCAUGAACACUGAGAGAUACCGAAAAGAGGACUCCACUCUCGUUACAUGAAAAAAUAUUUUACUGCCUGAAUAAUUCCACAGGUUAUCGACAUUGUUACAAUAAGUUCUUGCAUAGCCUUUAUAAACUCGUGAUGCCAGAGAGAGAAGUUGAGUACGCUCUGCUGAUGAGGGCCAACAAGCCCGAAACAGCUGUCCAGAGCUCCCCAUCUUUUUUCUCUUGGCAUCACAUGGUGUUUUUUUUAUUUUAUACAUGGCAAAUAUGGAGGCUUCCUUCUACCCCAUUGGUGUCUUAAUUAAAGGGACCCCCACUUUACUCACUUGAUAUAUUGAGGUUGUACUGACCGAUGGGGUCAGCUAGAGCCCCAGAGACUGCAGGACCCAUGAUCAGGCCCAGACUGAAGGCACAGAUGAUGAGAGACAUGCCCAGGGCCUGGGAUCGGUUGGUUGUGG